GGCGGUCGUUGCGGCGGUUGCGGCGCUUCGGGGGGAGACGCGUGUCUCGCGCAGCACGUGGGGACGGGCCCCGCGGGGUCCUGGUGGCGGCGCCCGGCAGAUCAACUGAGUUUGGAAUCCGAUCCAGGGAUCUGGUUUUGAAAGGAGACACGAUGCUCAUCAGCUCACCUGCAUAAAAGGAUGCUACGAUGGGAGGCAAGAGCAAAGGGAAGGGCUCAGGGAAAGGCAAAGCCAAGGGCGGGAAGAAAUCCAAGAAGGCCGCCGUGGAGGUGGAUAUUCUGAGCCCAGCCGCCAUGCUCAACCUCUACUACAUUGCCCACAAUGCCGCCGCCUGCCUGGAGUUCCGCGGCUUCACGUGGCCGGGCUCUCAGAAGAAGAAAGGCAAGAAGAAGAAGUAGGCGGGCUGCGGGGCAAGAUGGAGGACCCCCACCAGGGGCCGCUGGACGGGGGUCCCGUCAGGGGCAGGAGGACCUUUGGCGAAUCGUCUUGGGUUUGCCGUGGCACUUGCUCUCCUGACCAAGUAAACCUUGCAUUGAGCUACCGGCGUGGUGUUUACCGCGGGAAACCUCCGCUGCUACCGGCUCUGGAUCCCGUGCGCGAGCAGCAGCCUCCACGCCGAGCGCACAAGAUGUCCCGCGACACCCUCCUGCAGGCGACGUUCUGCACCUCAGGCGGCCUCGAGCGCCGGAGACGUCUUGCCUGCACCUUGUCAUAACUUGGGAGUUGUGGCUCGGUGCACGCACCAUGGGCCGGCUUCAGGGACUGCCCGGGUGGGAGUCGCAGGGCUGUUGGGACGCCAGUUCUUUCAACCGUGGUUUCCCAGGAAGCCAGGAUGACGUGUGGAAGCUUGUCAGCAAGUUUUCCUUGAGCACCCUAGCUGCCGAGGAGUCCCUGGCCACCGUCUCUUCUCAGGUAGCCAGAAGGAAGAGGUGUGCUCCGUUGCGGCCUUGAGCCAGGCCAAAUUUCCCGAGAGCGAUCCGGAACCCUCCGCGGAAUUGUCAAGAGGAUUCUGCAGUAGGGACCUCUGUCCUUUUGGCACUGGUCCUGGCCAGAUCUUGGCUUGAGCAGCCAUAAUAAUAAUAAUGUGGCUUGGUGGCCACAUUAGAGGUCUGGCCUUCAUUUAUGACUGUGACAGCGUAAAGAAAUGAGGUUGUGUGCGCAACUCGCAUCAGCAGAAGUACUCACUGCACCCACCCACACACACCCGUCCAGCUCUAAAUAGGGUCCUCCUUGCCCAAAGAUGAGGUUUUAAAGAUGGCUCCCAUACACGGAAGAGGGGAGGAGGGGGGGACUUCAUUUUGCCCUGCAAAACUUUCUCCCGGAUGGGAGGUUGGUCGGUUCAGGAUGCAACUUGGAUCACUGUCUUCUUGUCAUUUGGGGGCCUAAAAUGUCAAAUCAGAAACUCUCUCAUCAACCGUGGAGAACUGAUCUCGGGCAGAGCAUAGCUAGGCAUUUCAUGCACUUCAGGGGCGUAAUGUGGUGAAUUGUCCAGUCCAGAAGAUCCUUCUUGGGCCUCGCAAAGCUGCCUCAAAGCUUGCCAAAGUGGGCCCUCACUGUUCUUGCAAAGUCCAGUUGACGCGCCAAGCGUCAUCCUCCGUAUCGAUUGGCGAUAAGGCUCCUGGGCCUUAGCCGAUUCAGAGACCAGCCCCUGGGGAACCACACAGGUUGUAGGGUGUCACAAUAUCAGCGCAACUUCCGAGACACCCAAGUGGGAUGGUUGCGGCGGCCAACUUAACACUUUUAAGGACCCUGCCUUGCUCACACGCCUCCGUUUUUGGCAUGGUGCAUCGCCUGCCACUUGGGCCGUUCGAUUUGCACUUUCCUAGUGGGAAAAAUGCGGCAUCGGGAGGCCUGUACUCCUUCCCUGUAUCUGCUUUUGACCCGUGUCGUAUCGCCUGCACGGCAUUCCUUCUGCGCACAACACAGGCCAGGUUGCUGAUUUGUGUCUGGCUCAUCACUAUUGCAACCCCUUCCCUGUUUAUUUCUGGUCUUUUUCUUCUGGUCUUCAUCCAAACAGGCUGUUUUGUUGUGUUGUAGGUUAUCCACAAGUUUUUUAUUAUUUUAAAAAAGGUUUUUGAAUUUUCGUAUUAAAUGUUUGGGGAUUCUGUAUCCUAACAGCUUCCGGGCACAAAAAGGUUUUAAGGAUCUCUGUACAGAAUCCCCAAACGUGAAUAUUGAAAAGCUGUUAAGACAUUUCUUGUCUGUUUGAUUGGUGCCAUUUUUUGCUAGCGUUUUGGAAGCAAGUGAGGCUGGAAGGAGGGGGGAAGAAGUUUUAAGAAGUUGCCCCACAAAAGAAGUUAACCCUGGAGAAGGAAGUGGAAGCUAGCAGAUUGGGACAAAAAGAAAGACGGCUUGGAGAUGGAUAGUGGUCCAGUGGUCUAACAAGGUGAAGAAACAGGUGGCUUUUAAUGGCCAGUUAGGUAUCUAACUUGCAAUAUCCUAAAGCAGGGGUCUCUAACCGUGGCAGCUUUUAAGACUUGUGGACUUCAACUCCCAGAAUUCCUCAGCCAGCUUUGCUGGCUGAGGAAUUCUGGGAGUUGAAGUCCACAAGUCUUAAAAGUUGCCAUGAUUACUCCCGUCUUAAAAGUGUUGGGUCUCUGCAAACCUCCCCAGGGAGACUGAACUUAAGAGCCGAGCGACUUCAUUACAAGCACCGUGGCUUCUCUACCUGUCUCUUCUUUUAUUGCAAGGCCAGCAGGUAAAAUGGAAAACAGACAAGCUUCCCCACGCUCUGAAGAAACUUCCUUUGGCAGGGCUGCCUUUGGUUAUCAGGGUAGGCACAAGUAACACAGAACCCCCCUCCCCACAUUCGCUAUUUUGGAUUAAGAGAUACAUGAGGCUUCCGGUGCUGAUGUGUUUUUGCUUUUUUUUUGGUGUUCCCUGCCUGCUCUGAACCCCAGGACCAAACUUCUGGGGUUUCUCUUUUAAGUAGACAAAAAAAAAUAAUUGGGUUUUUAUUGUUAAAAGGCCGCAAGUUGCAGGCUGUUUACUCUGCAACGGCCUCAAUGCAAAGAGUGUUUUUGCUUUUGAGAUUUCUCCUAUAAGGGUGCGGUGCUAUUCCACAAACUGGGAACAGGCCAACUUCUAGGAAAUAUAGAAAAUGCAAAAGCUGAGAAGCAAAAUAUUUAAGGUAUUAUUCAUUGUUAACUUAAUUUCCUAUCUGUAUUAUUAUUAUUAUUAUUAUUA